AUGAAGUUGACCAAAGUAAAUCAUAAGAGGGUGAAAUAUUUGGAAAAUAGCAAUGAUAAUAAAAAUAUCUUUGGAUCUCAUUUCAUUACUCCAUGUAAGCUAACUAAUACAGAUGAUGAACUCAAUAUAUCCAAAAGUGAUGGUGAUUCAAACUAAACUAUUAAGCAGGUGCUAUAAGUUUAGGCUGCAGCUUAGUUGACUUACUCUUAAGAAAUAAUAAUUGAAGCUUUUAAAAACUAGGAAAACUGGGACUUAAAACUGGUCAAGCAUCGCCAAACUAUAAUGGGCUUUCUGGUAGGGAUGUUUAAAGACAAGGACAAUGAACCUAUGUAAGUGGACCAGAUUUGUGAAUAUAUCGAACCAUACUACAAGAAUCUAAGGAGGAAAGAGGGUGGAAGAUACACAGGCAAGCUUUAGAACUGUGUGAUAGCCGCACUAUUUACUCCUGGAGGUAUGUUUAAAAGAGACUGCAAAGGAUUUUGGAGAAUGAAUAUGGAAUUAGCAGAGGAGUAUGAUAAUGAAAAUUUGGGUAAGACAGUUUCUAGCUUUAAUGAUAAAUCUCAAGUGCCAUCUCAAAAGUUUAAAAGGGACGGCAAUUAAAAGACUUGCAACUAAACUGAUGAAAUCGACCAUUCAUUUGCUAAGUAAAAAAGAGACAAAAAAUCUUAGAGGGAACUUAUUGAUAGGUUUGAGUUGACAUAUCAGAAAGUAUGUGAUAAACUCGAAGACCCUUAUUUUGAGAUAGAACAAAGCCAAAGUGUUUAAGAGUAUUGGAAUAAAUUGACAGACACUUAGAAAGGUGGCUAUCUACAUGCCUUCAUAGUUUUAAGGCCAUUUCUUAAGAAAUCCUUGAGGCAGUAGGAGAAGGUUCAUCUUGGCAUUCAAUUGCUGCUAAAGUCAGGUAUCUUUACUAGAAAAGCCAAUGGAAGACAGAGAUAAGGACCCCUUGAUGGAAUACCUAUAAUCACUUAGGAAGAUGCAGGCAAGCUUAUUGAACUUGAACGAACCAUUAACAUGAUGAACGACAAGGUAAACAAUAUUCUACUAAGUACAAAGGAGCAGCUAGAUUUUUGUAGUCACAAAGUGCAAAAACAGCAAAUACCUUUGGCUCUAAGCUGA